AGACUUUGUUGCUUUGGGCUUGCCGACGGCCGAUGCAGAACAAAUGGGAAACGGCUGAAGCUUCCGCUGUGCUGUGCAACGAAGGUUUGCAAAUGACUGUAAAACUUGAAGAGGACGUUGGCAUAGACAGGAUACCGAUACCGUCCGAAGUAUGGGGAUGUGCAGCGCAGUGGCUCCACCCUGAAGAUUUCGCACGGUUGUGUCAUUGCUCGUUGUCCCUCGUUCUUCGCCGCGAACAGCGACGAAUGUGGCAAUACUACUGUCACCUGGAGGGAUAUGCGCAGCGUGUAGACGCUCUCGACUUGGGCCACUUUUGGACUGGUCCAAAGGUGAAUUGGCACCGAUGCUUCCAGCUGAAUAGGCUGACAAAGUCAUCGCCGCAUGCGUUCGCAUACAUUCGGGUUGGGGAUGAGGACCUCAGAAUACCUGCAAAAUGUGAUGAUGGCAAUGACAACGUUGCGUCUGCAACGCAGGCAUGGUUGUUCGACCAUGGUUGGCGUCCUCGUUCCACUCUAGCAAAAGUUCUUUGGCAGAUGCUUGAGCCGUGCGAUGCGCCCCAUCGCUACAGGGACCUCAUUGUGGGAAGGCCAGGCAUGUUGAUGCGCCGAGCCCGUUUUUUUCGGAAGCGCUCUUCAACAAGUGCCGCAGUCGAAUGGCCUAUUGGGCGGUCACCAUCCGGUGAAUGGUGCUGGAGAAUGCCACCUUACUCCGUGGAUGAUGCAGUGGCAGCUGAGAAAUGGGAGGACAGCCCUUCUGUCCGCUCAGGGCCGCAUCCUUGGGGCCGUGGCUAUGGCUGGCUAGUAGAAUUGAACCUGCCAGAGGAGCACAGAGAAGAAAUGGGCAUACCUCUCAAUUCUGCUCCGGCACCUCGUUGGAUCCACAUUGGGCAGCGGGUGCUCGCUGGAAAGAUUACUGUCAGCGAUUUGUGCUUCGGCAUUAAAGAGCACAUCGGGGCGAUGGGGUUUGAUGUAGACUUAGAUGUGCUGCCAUCUGCCAACGAUGCUUGGGCACUGGAAGAGAAGGUGACUUCUCAAUCGUUGUUGUUGACAGACCUGCGGUGGACACAGGGAGAAAGGCUCUUGUUGAAGGAGCUUGCUGUUCCCCGUACCAGCUGGCAGACCGACCGAGUUGUACUUUUCAGACGAGACACCGAAAGACCUGUCCUGAAUCCAUGGUGCAGGCACAAAGCCAUCGCGACCUUGUCCAGCAUGGCUUCAACGAAGGUGCGAUGUGCUGGCUUGGAGGACCGAUUUGACUCAUCUCCUUCAGGUGACUGCAGCGAUUCCAGUUCGUCGUCACCAAGCAUUCCUCGGUGCUACGAACUCCUUCGGGCAGCGCCUCCUGUAGCUUCCACACCUUGCUUCGAAGAAGUGAACAAACCUGAAGAAGAGCAGGUUUACUCUGCCAAGCUGGAGGAUUCGUUUGUGCGUUGUGGGAGUUUUUUAGCUGCAUCAGAGGAAUCUGUUCCGGAAAGGCAGCUGCCGCAUACGCGUCGCUUGAUUCUCUCCAGCAAUGGCACCAGACAAUUUGAGUUCCAUCCACAAAGAGCUGACACAGUUCUUGCUGGCCGCAAGGACGGUGUGGUGGCUGUCAUCAACCAUGAGGAUGACACCACAACCCAUAAGCUUGAGGUGGACUCAUAUCCCAUUUUGGGAUUGUCUUGGCUGCAUACACACCCACAGUGGGCAGUAUGUGGAGUCUCGCAGUCAGGCACCACAUGCCUUGUCAAUUAUGACGACAACAGGUCUGGCCAUAUGGAAAGCGUGCGACUGGAGCCGUUCGCUCACCUCUCCUCGCUGUCAGUGAACUGUACGGACGAGUACUUUAUGACGAGCGGAUUUUGCGUAGAUCUAGGUUUGUACGACUUGGUCACUGGGCGAAAGCUGAGCACGUUCCGGGGGAUGCACCAAAACUUCAUCAAUAUCCUCCGAUUCUCACACAGGUCACCUCACCUGUUCGCCACGGCGUCCUUCGACCACACUUGCAAGGUCUGGGACUUGAGGCAACCGAUGCAGCUGUCAAAGCCUGUGAAACUGUUCAGCACGGACACCUUGAACGUCAUGUGCACCUUCUCACCGGACGACAGGCAUAUUUUAUGCUCAGGGGUUGAUUCUUAUUUGCAACAAUUUACCUUGGCGAGCAGUGAUGAUGGAAUUGGAACUAGAUACCCCCUUCCAAAUACACACAGUGCAACGAACUACCGUCGUGCCAUGUAUUUGACCAGUGGGGGUUUGGUUGCAACCGCUGCAACAAAUGAGAGUCUUCUCCGUAUUUGCUCUGCAGCGCAUCCUCAUUACCAUUUGGGGCAUAUUGAUUUCAAGGGGAGCCUUGUCGCACGCCGGCACUUUGCAGAGGUUUGUGGCCGCAGCAUGCGGUCGCAGGCUUCCCAAGUGGCAGGUUUAAGCAGAGGAACGAUGGCCGUGGGGCAGUCACAUCAUCCGACGGAGGAGUAUGUCCAAUCUUUGCGCUGCCAUCCGUUGGAUCAAGAUGCGCUUGGUGUUCUCCUUUCAACGUCUGCCAACAGUGCAAGCAGUUCGAUAGCUUUGAUGAGGGCCGCCGCCGAUCAUUGCCAUCCAUGCCUUCUCCAGCAAGGUCCUGAGGUUGGCAAAGACGUGCAACAGUGUCGGAACCGCCGUCCAUGUGGCACCGCCACGCCCAGUCCUUCACGGCCUGGAGCCAGGAUUUGUUGUGGACCAUCUUGAAUGACCCUCAUCCUGAGUCGUACAUCGCGAUGCUCCGAUUGGGAUCCCACGACUACGAAUCCUCCAGCCAGUGAACAUGUUGCUGGUCGGCUUGAUGCCGGAGUCGGCUCUUCGAGUCCAGGUUACAGGCUCUUGUGAGGUCUUGCCACCAAAAACAUCGAGUGCAAUUUAGGCAACUACAUUUUGUUCAAACGCAUUGAGCGAUGCCAAAUCGAUCUACCCUUUCCGUUUUAUAUUCUGAAAUGACUGAUGCAACGUGCGUUUGAUUUGUAUGUUUGUGCUUUUGUGCAAGGGACCAAUGUGGGAUGAUCAUGGGUAUGUUGGACCUUGUUGCGGCCAAAUGGCCCACUUGAGCCGAACAGGUAAUGUUCUCACUGUCCCCAGGUUUUGGGACCAAGUUCCCAUCGUUCGCAAAAUGCCAGGGCCAGGGCAGCUUGUUGAAAGCUUCGUCGACCCUGGGUAUCUUGCAAAUAGAUCCGCCCCAAUUUAAGUGGUUGC